CAUCUACCAAUAAAAAGAUGCCACGUAAUCGAACUGGCAAUAAUGGAUACAGCGGCCUCGCUGAACGCGCAUCUUUGCGGUCGCUCUCAGCAACACCUCUCUCUUCAAAAACCCUACUUUUUUUAAUUAUACUGUAUUCGACAAUUCUCAUAUUUGUCUUUAAAAUCAGGUCAAACCUCUCUCUCUGUUCGAUAUUUGUUUCCUUCACGUCUCAUUCAUUCUUAUUUUAUUCAGCUUAAUUUUGAUUGUACACUGAAAUCUGAAGGGGUUGAAUAGCGGUGAUGCUGGGCGCUUUAAGGAGAAAAGUUGCGAGCGGAGGCUCAUCAGCUUCGGUGUUGGGGAAGUCAUUGCUGGCGAAUCGGCCAGGUGUUUCAGCAUCUAGAGUUUCUUCCGAUGCUGGAAAAGAGAUGCUAUUACUUCAACUGAGAGGAAUUGUCCAUGUCCGGAACUUCUCUCGUCUUGUUCUGCCAGGCUGUUCUACUGGUUUAACAAAGACAAGGGAUGUCAUUUCUAGCAUUCAAUUGGAGGCUAUCAUGCAAAAAUCGUGCAGGCCUUUCUCUUCUGGAGAUGGGGAUCUGGUUGAUGCUGUUGUCCCCUUUAUGGGAGAAUCAAUUACUGAUGGCACUUUGGCAACAUUCUUGAAAAAACCUGGUGAUAGAGUAGCAGCUGAUGAACCAAUUGCUCAAAUAGAAACAGAUAAGGUAACAAUUGAUGUUGUCAGCCCCCACGAUGGUGUGAUACAAGAGUAUGUAGCCAAGGAAGGAGAUACUGUGGAACCAGGUACCAAGAUUGCUGUCAUUUCAAAGUCUGCUGAGGGUGUACCACCUGCUGCUCCCUCUGAAAAGAAAUCGGGAAAAGCUGCUUCCAAGCCAUCUCCUCCAGCUGAAACUGUAAGGGAGGGUAAGCCAAAAGCUAAAGUUGAAGCUUCUUCUUCUGCAGAGAAGCCUAAAGCCCCUUCUCCUCCACCUCCAAAGCGAACUGCUACUGAACCUAUACUUCCACCCAAGGAGAGGGAAAGAAGAGUUCCUAUGACAAGGCUUAGGAAACGGGUUGCCACACGAUUGAAAGACUCUCAGAAUACUUUUGCAUUGUUGACAACGUUCAAUGAAGUGGACAUGACUAAUUUGAUGAAGCUUCGCUCUGAUUAUAAGGAUGCUUUUGUUGAGAAACAUGGUGUCAAAUUGGGAUUUAUGUCAGGAUUUGUUAAAGCUGCUGUUAGUGCACUUCAGCAUCAGCCUAUUGUAAAUGCGGUAAUUGACGGGGAUGAUAUUAUUUAUAGGGAUUAUAUAGAUAUCAGCAUUGCUGUUGGUACUCCAAAGGGACUUGUUGUUCCAGUCGUCCGUGAUGCUGAUAAGAUGAAUUUUGCUGAGAUAGAAAAGACAAUCAACAGCCUUGCAAAGAAGGCUAAUGAUGGUACCAUAUCAAUCGAUGAAAUGGCUGGAGGCUCAUUUACGAUAUCCAACGGUGGUGUUUACGGAAGUCUGUUGAGUACCCCCAUUAUCAACCCUCCUCAGUCAGCUAUCUUGGGUAUGCACUCAAUAGUGUCCCGACCAAUGGUUGUUGGAGGUAACGUAGUCCCGAGACCAAUGAUGUACAUUGCCCUCACUUAUGACCAUCGGCUGAUUGAUGGAAGAGAGGCUGUCUUCUUCUUGCGUCGUAUUAAGGAUGUUGUUGAAGACCCUCGCAGGCUGCUACUUGAUGUUUGAAACGCCUAAUCAACUGUAGUGAUAUUUCAUGGUUUUCUGACACGCUUAGAAUUGGAUGUAUACGUCCUCUUUAAAUGAACAAGAAUAAAUGCCUGAAGUUUUGUAGGGUUUCAUUUGUUGAUUCACCCUUUACGAGUUUCGACAUUGCGGCCGGCCACUGUUGAACUACAUCGAGUAUUGAAAUACAGAUUUCUAGUUUCUGUAUUGCAAAUAUGUUUUUCUUUCUUUAAAUCCAGAUGUAAGGGGUACACAUAUUAGCAACUUGGGUUUAUUGUUUUAUCCGCAAAUCGACAUUUGUGACAUUAAAUAUGGAAAUCAGACAUGGACAGGCUGUUUCUUCUUAUAUUCAUGUAUGGUGGUUAUUCAAGCUUUUUCACUCUCCAACAUGAGAAUUCAGGCUUAGAUUCAUGUAUGAUUGAAGAGUCGGAGUGAACUUUUGCUUCUGAUCUUCACCGAUCACCGUCCACGCCUGGACGGUCGCUGCCGUCUAGGCAUAGUGACGAGUUAAAUUUGCAAUAAUAUUGGUAUAGGCUGAAGCACCUGGAGCAAAGGUUGUUGCUAUGACAAAGGCAAACGCGUUGCCUAAGGAAUGAAGACAGAAAAAUAAUCGUGUGGUCCUGUGGUUAGUAAUUUUCCAUUGUUGUUUUCAUGUGAAAGCGCGUCAAUUCUCCCUCUUUCAGUCUUAUAGACUGACAAAUCCUGGUUUCCUUGAAUGGCAGAACUUUGGGUUUCAAAGGGUAGAACUCAUUCGGCUGUUUGUUCAUGACCAUGCAAAAUAAAAGAAAAAAAAAUAAACUCGUGUAUUUGCUCUAAGGAGAAAGAAAUCAAGAUUUACCC